AGAUGCGUUCUAAAACCCUAAUGAGACUCCGGGUUCAUAUAUCUCAAGUUUGGCAGCUCCUUAGCAGAAACCAGAGAGCGCAGGAGCUCAAGCAGCGAUGGGGGCUUACAAAUACGUGUCAGAGCUAUGGAGGAAGAAGCAAUCCGAUGUGAUGAGGUUCUUGCAGAGGGUAAGGUGCUGGGAGUACCGUCAGCACCCUUCCAUCGUGCGUGUCAACCACCCAACUCGCCCUGACAAGGCUCGUCGCUUGGGUUACAAAGCCAAGCAGGGUUAUGUUGUUUAUCGUGUUCGUGUAAGACGUGGUGGAAGGAAGAGACCAGUACCUAAGGGUAUUGUGUAUGGGAAACCCACAAACCAGGGUGUCACCCAACUGAAAUUCCAGCGCAGCAAACGAUCAGUUGCAGAGGAACGAGCUGGUCGGAAGCUUGGUGGCCUUAGGGUUGUUAACUCGUAUUGGAUCAAUGAGGAUUCAACAUACAAAUACUUUGAGGUCAUAUUGGUUGAUCCUGCCCACAAUGCCAUUCGCAAUGACCCAAGAAUCAACUGGAUCUGCAAUCCAGUACACAAGCACAGGGAACUUCGUGGACUCACCUCUGCCGGCAAGAAAUACAGGGGUCUUCGUGGCAGGGGACACUUGCACCACAAGGCCCGACCUUCAAGAAGGGCAAACUGGAAGAGAAACAACACACUCUCUCUUCGUCGCUACCGUUGAUCCUCUGGACCAUAUUUGGUGCUUUUGUUUCUGUCUUACCUUCAUUUCUGUUGUAGGGUUGAGAAUUUUGGGACAGUUUUAUUGUGUUUGGACAUCUCUAAAUCGUCUAUGUUGAGGCUGUUGAGUUCUGUGCUCGUUAAACAUGUGUGGGAUAUUUCAUCACUUAAAAAAUGCCUUAAAAGUUUGUCUAAUGCUUUGUCAAA